CCUCUCAAGUCUCAAUACGACCAAGCUUUCUGGGAACCCACGCAAAUGGCGAACACAAGGAUGACAUUGCACAUGUGCUACCUCACCAUAUUGUUACUGCUUGCAUUACUGGCACCACCGUGCACGCCCGUCAGCGACACUGACGACGGUAGCAACAGCGCGGGCGUCGACGGGAGUCGCCGUGCGCGCGCCGAGGCCACCGUCGACGACAUUUUGUCGGCGCACAAUGAGGCGCGGAGGAAGGUCGGGGUGGAGCCCCUGACGUGGAGCCAGGGGAUCGCGGGAUACGCCAAGGACUACGCCCGCUCCCGCCGCGCGGACUGCGCGCCGCGGCGCUCGUCGCUGUUCUACUUCGGUGAGAACAUAGAAGUGGGCAAAGGGCGUCGCUGGGGCGCCGGGGCGCUGGUGGCGCAGUGGGUGGACGAGGGGCGGUGGUACGACUACGGCAGCAGCUCCUGCGCGGCGCCGGCGGGCUCGUCCGGAUGCGGGCGGUACACGCAGGUCGUGUGGCGGAACACGACGCAGCUCGGGUGCGGUAAGAUCGUAUGCGACUCCGGCGACACGCUGCUCGUCUGCGACUACUUCCCGCCCGGCAACUACGGCACCGGCCGGCCAUACUGAUCGCGCACCGUUGAAUGAUCACGCCGCGCAUGCAAGUUAACAGCAUCCCUCCACGUGGCGCAUCAAAGUUAUUUACCAUCGAUUAUGCAUUUCUUUACUUGUAAUUCGCAAAUUGUAUGCUUCAAAAAUAAAUAA